ACUCUGGAGGCGCGGGUUGCCCCCUCCGCGGGUUUAGAUCCGGGUCAGUCAGGCGCGCCGCGGUCGGAGAGAGACGAUCUGAACUGACGGGACUGGCUCAGCGGAGCGCCCCAGCUGCGAGGAGUAUUAACGGGAACAUCCAUAGUAGUGUAAAAUCUUUCACAAUGAAAUCCGAAGCCAAGGAUGGAGAGGAGGAGAGUCUACAAACUGCUUUCAAGAAAUUAAGAGUGGAUGCGUCAGGGUCCAUAGCAUCUCUGUCUGUUGGAGAAGGCGCAAGUGUCAGAGCAUCCGUCAGGACAGCAGCAGAUGAUACCAAACCUAAAACCACAUGUGCAUCUAAAGACAGUUGGCAUGGGUCUACAAGGAAGUCUUCACGAGGAACAGUGAGAACCCAGCGUCGUCGACGUUCUAAGUCUCCUGUCCUUCAUCCUCCAAAGUUUAUACAUUGCAGUACAAUAGCUGCUUCCUCCAGCAGCCAGCUCAAGCACAAAAGCCAGACUGACUCCCCUGAUGGCAGCAGUGGGCUGGGAAUUUCAACCCCUAAAGAGUUCAAUGCAGGAGAGUGCUCCACUUCCCUCGAUACUAAUCACACAGGGGCAGUUGUUGAGCCAUUGAGAACUUCGGUUCCAAGGCUCCCGUCAGAGAGUAAGAAGAAAGACUCCUCUGAUGCUACCCAAGUCUCCCAAGCAAGUCUCAAGGCCAAUGAUCUCUCUGACUUUCAAUCUGUUUCUAAGUUAAACCAGGGCAAGCCCUGUGCAUGCAUAGGCAAGGAGUGCCAGUGUAAGAGGUGGCAUGAUAUGGAAGUAUAUUCCUUUUCAGGCCUGCAGAAUGUCCCUCCGUUGGCCCCAGAACGAAGAUCCACGCUUGAGGACUACUCUCAGUCGCUUCACACCAGAACUCUGUCCGGCUCCCCCCGCUCCUGUUCUGAGCAAGCUCGAGUCUACGUGGAUGAUGUGACCAUUGAGGACCUGUCAGGUUACAUGGAAUAUUACUUAUAUAUUCCCAAGAAAAUGUCCCACAUGGCAGAAAUGAUGUACACCUGAGAGCAAGAAGCUAAUUCCUACGCUUUAAACCAAUGAAGGGUUGUCAGAGAGAUUUAGUUAACGGCAGACCUUGUGGCCACUUUGUGUGAGAAGACAUCUCCUGCUCACUGUGCUUGCAAUAAAAACUUUUCUUGGCAUCUCA